GUUACUUGUGAAACAUGUUUUUAAAAUGGCGACAGUUGUAGCGAAUGUUUGCGCGGGAAUGACAAUCUUGUGUUAUAAAUGUGUCUUUGAUAUAAACUUACCAAAUAAUAAUAUAUAACCAUUUACAAAUUGUUGCAUGGAAACAUGAAGAAAGUUCAAUUAUCACGUAAGAAACUUUCCAUUAAUAAUGUCAAACAAUCUCAGGUAAAAAUAACAUCAUUCUUUACAAAAACUCCAAAACCUGACAAUGUGGAUAAGAUUGCAUCGGACAUAAAAUUUUUGUCCCAAGUUUCUAGCAUUGAUAAGAAAAGAAAAGACAGAGAUGAUACCUCAGAAAAAGAAUUAUAUACAAACAUUAAGAAGAAAUGUACAACUGAUGAUAUUUGCAUCGUAGAGCCAGUUAGUAUCAAAUCAUGUAAGGAUUCAUUGUUAUCAUUUGCAACCAAAGAUUUAGAGGACACAUGUAAUAAUUCCAAAGAAAAUAAAUCAAUAUGUCAGGAUGUGUCAUCCCAAAAACUUAACAAAAAGGAAGAUAACAGUAAGUUGUUAACAAAAGCAGAGCAUGAUAAAAUUGUUAUACAAAAUUCCACUAGCUGUAAUGUUUCAGAAUACAAUAAUAUUCAUGUUCUUAAAGAAUCACAAAAUCCAAAUACUGUUGCUCAAAUGUUGUCCUUAUCUCCUGUAAAAACACACAGUCGCAACAAAACAGAAUUGCAUGAUUCAAAGAAAAUAGGAUCUCCAGAAAAUUUUCCCGCAAUUGAAGGAAACGACUUCGACGAUUUUUUCGAUCAGGAGUGGCAUACGAACACACAGAUCAAUUUCACUACUCUGGAGAGGUGUAAGAUAAUCGAUAUAAGGCAGGAGCCGAGAAUUACUAUUUUAACAGUGCAACACGUCGAAUCGGAAGCUGUCGAUGUUGUUGCUUGUUCAGGAUUCUGGAAGGAUGUGCAAGUGAAAAUCGAUGACAUCGUAACAAUACAAGCCAAGAAAGAAUCGCAAGAGUGGGUUGUUGACAACAAUAACGGUUUCCUUGUUAUACAACCUGACAGAUUAAUAUCGGGCACUACAAUAACGAGCGGAUUGUUCUGCAGCAGACGAGCGGUGUUAACGGAAAAGUUCAGGAAGAUAGAAUCGCUGCCGUGUCUGGACGCCGAUUACUCCGUGAUGACUGUAGGAUCGUUAGUUCAUCAGUGGCUGCAGAAAGCAUUGCGAGAGAACGUGCACACAUUGUCUAAUGUGAUCAAGUUGUUGGAUAACAUGCUGCAGUCGAGAUAUACGAUAGACUAUCUUUACGCUUCAGAAAUGUCGCUGGACGACUGUCGGAAACGCAUGAUGCAGUAUGCGCCAAGAAUAUUCGAAUUCAUCCAGCACUAUAUCAAGGGCAACAAGCAGCAGCACAUAAACGGUCUGAAAGAUAACUUUCAAGGCAGUAUAUGUGAUAUACAGGACAUCGAGGAGAAUAUAUACAUCCCGAAGUUAGGUGUGAAGGGAAGGAUAGACGUGACAGCGGAGGUGAGCAUCAACUCGAAACGCAAGAUAAUGCCGCUGGAGGUGAAAACUGGAAGAGCCUCGUACUCGUUGGAGCACAAGGCGCAAGUUAUUCUUUAUCUCAUGAUGAUGGGCUUAAGGGAUGAGGAGAUUGACACUGGCCUGCUGUUGUAUCUCAAGGAGAAUUCUAUGCAGGAAAUCAAGAGUAGCCAUCACGAGAGGAGAGACUUGCUAAUAGUGCGGAACACAUUAGCGCAUUAUUUCGCCAAGCAAUCGGAGAAGCCUCAGAGCACAGACACCACGGAGUCAGACGCUUUGAGGACGAUGGAGCUGCCGGAGCCGAUAAAUCAUCCCACCGCGUGCUUGCGAUGUCCUUACAAGACUAUAUGUUGCACUUAUCUCGCAAAGGAUCCCAACGUGAACUUGGCGCCGUCGCAUCCGCUGACGACACUCGUUAAACAGCUAUUGGAUGAUUUUGAAUCUAGUCAUUUGGAUUACGUUAUAAGAUGGGUUGCUUUGCUACAGCUGAUGGAAAAUUCUAAUAGCGAAAACGACAGUUUAAACAAUUUAUGGACGAUGAGUCCCGAGAAAAGAGAGGCGAAGGGCAUUUGCAUCAGCAAUCUAAAAGUCGUUGGGAAAGUGGUGGAACAGGAUGACAGAUAUCAGCACGUGUUUACGCGUGUUGAUAUAAAGGGUGAAGCUGUCGAGAACGACGCGUUUAGUGGCGCGUUCGCCGAGAACGAUUACAUCGUCGUCAGUACAGAUACACGAAUCAACAUCACCACCGGGAACAUAUUGCGGAUUUCAAAUGACACCAUCUCAGUCUUAUUGGAAAAGGACGUCGUGCGCGGAGAGGACACAGAUCGCGCGAUCUUCCACAUCGACAAGUAUUUCUACACGAGCUCUGUGUUCACGUUUGAUUACGCGAAUGUGGUCGGUCUGCUGAGCACCGACGAGGUCAACGCGAGGCUGCGACGCAUUGUCGUGGAUAGAACGCCGGCGACAUUCGCGAAGAGCCUGCCGCGCUCGACCAUAUCGGCCGGUAUCGAGAUAAUGUGCGACCUCAAUGAGGAUCAGCAAAAGGCUGUGUUGCGAGUCGUGGCGGCUAACGAGUAUGCCCUGGUGAAAGGUAUGCCAGGUACGGGAAAGACACAGACUGUAGUGGUGCUGAUAGAAUUGCUGCUGAAGCUGGGCCUCACGGUGCUGAUUACCGCGCACACGCACAGCGCGGUUGACAAUGUUCUGCUGAAGCUGCUAGACCGGGACAUCGAUUUCCUUCGUCUGGGAACGACCAAACAGGUACAUCCGCUGCUGACAUGCAAGACGGAGGAGUACGCGACGAGGUGUUGUGAUACACCGGAGAGUCUAGAGGCGCUUUACAACGGUAAACGCGUAGUAGGCGUGACGUGUUACGGCGCCUAUCACCCGCUCCUGCGAAGACGUUCGUUCGACAUAUGCGUGGUGGACGAGAGUACACAAGUAAUGCAAUCCACGGUACUGCGACCGCUGUACAGCGCACGCCGCUUCGUCCUCGUAGGUGAUCCCGAUCAGCUGCCGCCUGUCGUCAAAAGCCGUACGGCUGUUAAGCUCGGUGCGGACGAGUCGUUAUUCGUGCGGCUAGACAGCGAGGACAACACCGUAAACCUGACGAAACAGUAUAGAAUGAACAGGCGGAUCAUGAAGCUGGCCAACGACACCGCGUACCACGGUAAGCUGAUACCAGGCAAUAAGCAGGUGGAAAACGCGACUCUUAUCGGCGUACACGUGGAGAUACUCUCGUCCUACGAGAGUUGGAUAAAAAGAGCACUUUCUAGGCAGCUGGACGACUCAGUAAUAGUGCUCGACACUGGUAGCACUCGUAACUUGAGCGUAAACGAGUUGUGCGGUAACAGCGUUACGUCAGAUCAAAUUUAUUCCAACGUUUGGGAAGCCGCGAUAGUCGCUCGCCUGGUGCAAGUGCUGAUGGAAGCAGGUGUGCACGCUAGAAACAUAGGAAUUAUCGCACCAUACAAUGCUCAUGUGACUCUGUUGAAGAAGAUUGUGGAUGACAAAAACGUAGAAGUAAAUACCGUAGAUCAAUAUCAAGGACGCGACAAAGACGUCAUAUUGUACACGUGCGCGAGAAGUGUGGAACGCGAAGAAAAGAAACAACUCGAGAUAUUGGAUGAUCAACGACGCUUGACAGUCGCUAUUACUCGUGCGAAGCACAAGCUGAUCAUAAUAGCCGAUAAAGUCACUAUCAUGAGAUACACGCCGUUUAAAAAUCUGUUCGAAGUCAUCGACGAAGAAAAUGUAAUACAUCUGUACGAUAGUGAAGAGGAGUUUAAUUGGAAGAGUCUUGUUCGCUCAAUACUGUAGAGUUGACAUCGAUUAUGAUUAAUGAUCAAGAGACUAGACAGCUGUAAAAAUAAAAAUAAAGAUUUAUAGACAAUGAACAAUUGAAUCGUAUCAGUAUUUUUAUAAAAUACGAUCGUAUAAUCACAUAUUUUUUGUACAGUAAACAAUGUUUGAUAAAUGUAUAGUAACAUGAUGUGUGGGAAUACAAUAAAUAUAUAUUUUGUGAGAAA